CCCGCCCACAGCUGGUCUGGUCUCUCUCAAAAUUACAGUUGUUUUGUUGGGAAAAAAAUAAACAAUAAUUUUAGCUGGCCGUUGUGCGAAAAAGUGGAAAUUAUGCGAAUCUCGACAGCGAAAGGGCAACGCGAUGCUGGCAAUGAAAGUGUAGGCGCGGCUUUUCCGGAAUUUCCAGCUUAUCGUCACCCGUGCACCUGUGCUGGCAUUUCCACCGAUUUUCUUUUCGCUCGUGGAGCUGCAAUGGCGACCAUGUUGAGAACGAUCAAUUCCGCUAAAUAGAACGAGCAAUCAAGGAUAAAGAGCGGUGUAGAGAGUUAGGAGAGUGCAGGCGAAAAUAGCGAAACAGAACCGUUUUUUCCCCGUCAAAAAAAGAGUUCAUAAAAGGCGAAUAAGAGUGUGAAAGGGCAAUGAAAAGUGGCAAACCGUGAGUUAUAUAAAAAGUAUGUAUAUUAUUCAAGUGCCACGAAAUGCAGUCUUGCAAAAAUCGAAAAUAAAUCAAUGAUAUAGACGCAAAAUCGAGGAGAAAGAAGAAGAAGAAGCAGCAGCAGCACAGCUGAGUGCGUUUGAGUGAGCGCUGCAAGUGUGUGUUUGUGUGUGCAAGUGAAAUCAAUAAUAUUUGCAGCCAAAAAUUAGAAACUGCAAUAAUGUCGAAAAAUCGAAUUGAGGCAACAAAUUAGCAGAGCCAUUAAUCCAGUCUGCACUAAGCGAAAAAUUGUGCCUUUUCUCGGGAUCUUCUGAUGCAAAGCAAAAGAAGCAAAAAGCAAAAAAAAUGGAAUUUUAACAAAGUUUUGAAAGUGUACUUCUGGUGCAAGAAGCAGCAGCAAUAGCUAGAGGAAUCGGAAUCGGAACCGGAAACAGAUCCAGAUCCAUCGGACAGCAAGCAACCGACCGACCAUGAUACCCACCAGCGUCACCAACUCGCCCCCACCAGCGGGAUUGGGCCAGAACGGAGCAGCUGCCUCCUUGGGCUCGGCAACGGCGGCGGGUGGAGGGAUGUUGUCCGGCUUGGGAAUGGGGAUAUCCGCUGUUGUGUCAAAUGGGGGAUCAGGAGCUCAGAACAACUACAGCUCCGUUGUGUUGGGCCUGGCAUCGCUAAUCCUAGAGGGCCGACCCAUCGCAGACGAUGAGUAUCAGCAGCAGCAGCAGGUGGGAGUUGUAGCAACAGGAUCUGGUGGAGUUUCAGCAGGCGGAGGACGACUCUCGCCACGACCCUCCACUUCCAGGGCGGCCAUCAACAUCACAACGAAUCCCUAUGGUUCCAUGGGAGGAUCGGAAAAUAGAUCGGGCAAUGGAAGUGGAUCGGCGGGGUCACCCAGCAGUUCCCUAACCCACCAGCGCUGGACGCAGAAACUCUGCCAGUUGCGUCAGAUUUCCCCAGCUGCCCAGACAAUGAGUGCCGAACCGGAGUUGGUUUCCCUGGCCAUCAAUGAUCUCAACAAGGAUCACGGCGACUACGAGAUUGUGCGGCGAGUUAUGCUCAAUCGAGCUGGUGGAAUGGGUUCGGUUAGCAGUACAAGUGUUGGUGGUGGUGGUGGUGGAACCAACAACUCCAGUGCCGCCAGCUCACCGGGCUCCAACUCAUCGGACAACAUCCUCCACUCGCUGCAAUCGCUGGCCACCACAUGUUUGAGAGGUGGACCCGCCUUGGCACCACCACCUGUUGAGCCACGUCCCCUGAAUCUGGCCUUUCUAUGGUCAGGAUCGGGCGGAUCCGGUGGCAGGGGAAUGGGAAUAGGAGGAGGAGGAGGAGGAGCAGCAGCAACAGCAGCAGCAGCAUGCAUCAGCAACACAACAACAACAACGGCAACUGCCACUGCCAGCAGCGGAGCAACUAGCUCCGCAUCGCGGCCCAAACACGGGCCGCACUGUGAUCAGUUCCUCAGGAAGAUGGGUCUGGCCAAGGGCGAGAUGCCAUCGGAGGCUGAGGAGCACAUCUGUGAUAUGUCCUACGUGAAUAUGACCUGCAAUCGUUGGCGGUCAUACUGCAUGAAGAUGGAGGCCAUCCUGGCCAGACGUGAACCCGUUUGCAUAGAAGUCUAUCUGGGUCCUGUGAGCCAUAAGCUCUUGCUGGAGCAGUGGAUCAUCAGCGGCAAGGAGAAAGUUCCUCCACCCACGAUGACGUUGCCUUCGCUGUGCAGCGCUAUUCGGAGUCAGUUGUACUUCUCCCAGAUCGUGGCCUGGUGUGAUCUCCUCCGGAAAUGCGAUCCUUCGGUGUACGACAGUGGCCGCGUGAUCUUCUCCAGCUGCGGAAACAAUGCAGGAGAUUUGGCCACCACAUUUACACCAAGUGCUGGUCAAAAGAGACCGCGUCUCAACAUCUUCUACAGGAUCAAGCAGCACAACACCAACACCAGCAAUAGUGGGCUACACCAGGAGGAUGGCUUCAGUGCCAAGGCCAAUGUGCACAAUUUUCCCAACGUCAAUGUGUCGGAGAGCUACAGCAUCUCGGUGAGCGUGCGUAGUUUGCCGAGGAUAAACGGUGGCUUGCCGCAUGUAGAGCCACUGCCACCCACUCCAGCUCCCAGGAGCUUGCGAUCCCGCGGCGGAGAUACGGCUAGCACGCCCACUGGAGGCGGUGGACUACAUGCCGCCACGCCGACUGGCCUGGGAGCCAGGAUUAGUGCACUCACCCCAACGACAACGGCCGGCGGCUCCAACUGUGAUAAUGGAAAACCAGGAAUGGGACAGGGAUUGGACGAACUCGAUGGGGAUUCGAGUUUGAGCCACCGGGAGAGGCAGCUGCAGAAGUAUCGCAAGCGAAUGCAGCGAAGGGACAAGAAGAGGGAGAGGAAAUCGACGCCAGAAAGGGGAUUAAACCCACACCAAACCGAGGAACCCAUGGAGGAGGGCGAGGACUCGCAAUCGCAAUCUCUGACGCCGUCGGAAACCCAAUCCCUGGCCUUGACUUUGCAGCAACCAAGGCGCAUUGCCAUGAUCUCCACAGGCACGCAGACUUCCUUGAGCAGCUGCCAACAAUGUGGCAGUGAGAAGACUCUGCUAUGUCUUAGCUGCACGGGAAGCGAAGGAUCACCACAUGGAGGUGCUAAUGGAUCAGCUAGCAGAGCGGCCAAUGGAUCAGGAAAUAGAGCUGGAAAUGGAUCAGCCAAUAGAUCGGCAAAUGGAGCAGGAGAAACAGACGAAGCCGAUGAUAGCGAUACAACAGCCUCCGAAAUGGAGGAGACCUCCACUUGUAGCCUUAGUAGCAGUGAUCUCAUCGUGGGCACACCUCGCAACAAGGCAGAGCUCCUACUCCAGGCCAUUCAGCGCACGCCAAAGAACCGGAAUCGAAAGCCCCACCAGGCGGUGGGACACGCUGCUCCAGGAGCAGCCUCCUGUCGCAAUUCAGAUCUCAAUGGAGGGCAGAACAACAAUCUGGCGAAGGCAACGCCCGCUAGCAGUGGCUGUCAGGUGUGCAAACGGCAGAAGACGCAGCACAACUUUGCGAAUGGCAAGGACCACCAACCCACCAAUGGAGAGCACUCGAGCAAUGGUUUUGGCAGCAUGCAGCAGGAGCCAGAGAAGCAAACGGAGGUUCAGAUUUCCUCCACCAAGCUGACGCCCAACAUCGAACGCUGCUCCCUGAAUUCCGCAGAGCGCUGCAAGACACCACCGCCCGGCGUGGCUGACCACAUAGUGGUGCAGUUCAAGACGCCGCUGAGCCAUGUGCCGGCGAAACCUCAACCGGAUGCGAUGGUGCCACUGCAGCAGCAACACCUGGGCAAAUCCUCACCGAAGCCCAGUCAGCUUAGAUUGAAUUGUGGUAGUGGUUUGUUGGAGAGCGAAACCCCGCCACCAAAUAUCUCGCCACAAAUGCGAAAGGCCUUGCCGAAAGUGAACCUUACGACGAUCUUCUGCAGUUCGGCUCCCAUUGCCAUUGGAUGUCCCGCCUUUAGUUUCGAUCCAGCUGCCUUGAGUCACGCCCACUCGCAGUUGCUGGCUCCGGAUGCGAGUGCCACACCCUCAGUGCAGAAAUCCUUCUCUGCUCCAACAUUGCCACAUGCAGCCUCUCUGUCCGUGUCGCCUAGAUUCGCCAAACAGGCGCUGGCCGCCCACAAGCGGCGUUCCCGCCAUUUGAGCGAUCGCAGCGAUCGUAGUUCUCUGGGCUCCGAUGAACAGUUGUCGGAUGAGGACUUGGAAUCUGGUCUAUGCAGUCCAGCGGGUGGAUCCCCAUUGAAAUGUCGCGCCAGAUUGGCGGCUCAUUUCGCCGGGCGUCCUUUGCUGGGAAAUCUGGAGGAAUCUCUGCUGCAGAGGAGGCUCAUGCCCAAGAUCGAGGUGAUGGGCUUCAAGCUGCAGUUGGGAGCCUCUGGAGGAUUCUGCCCCACCCAACUGACCAUACCGGCGGUGUCCUACUUCUACGAGCUGCAUGGCGAGACACUGAGCACGCCCUAUUUGUGCGAGAUUCGUCUGCCGCGCAAGGGCUAUUCGGUUCCGAGGACGGGCACGGUGCAGGCCACACUGCUGAAUCCGAUGGGCACGGUGGUGCGGAUGUUUGUGAUACCCUACGACAUGCGGGACAUGCCACCGCUGCACCGCACCUUCAUCCGGCAGCGCAUCCUGGCCGAGGAGCUCAGUCAGGAUCAGGACGCUGGACCGAAGAUGCCCAGGAGUCCCACGGUUACUAGCACCACCAGCAAACUGGGUCACUUUAUCAGUGCCGAGCAAAUGAAGCGGCUGCGCUACUCCAUACACCUGAGGUUCCAGACAUCUCGCUCCGGACGAUUGUGCCUGCACACGGACAUUCGACUGCUGAUCUCACGCCGCACCGAUUGCGAUACGGCGGCUGCCCAUGCAAAGGGCGUUUUGGAGGCACCCAACGAGCUGGUGACGGACACCAUGAUGCCCGCCGAGCCGCGCUACAGUGCGCGACAGGAGAGUGCCGGCAGGAUUUAGUAGCUACUGCGAGCCCUGGGCGGCACCUUCGAGCUGUUGCGCCGCCUGUGCAAGCAGCUCCAGGAUAAAUGGCAGCAGCAUCGAGAGCCUCGGGAUCUCUGGCAGUGGCCCAGAUACCAAUUGUAGGAGGUGGAGGAGAAGGAUGAGGAGAAGGAGAAGGAGGAGGAGGAGCAUGCGGUGGCGGAGGGCAGGAGACGAAACAAACUCCUGUGUGUGUGUUUGUGACAACCAACCAACUGCUUUACUAGUUAUCGUUUAAUCUAUCCCUAAGCUUAGUUUUUUUUAAAAUUCGUUUUUGGUAUUCCACCUCGCAGGAGGUUCUAUUAUUCGUUUAGUUUGAAUUUGAAUUACUGGAAAAUGUGUGUGAAAAAACAUUACGAGAGUAAAAAUGUUGAAUAUGAAAGCAAUCGGAACCGGUCGGUCAGUCAGUCGGUCAGACGAGCGAAGCAAAACUAUCUGUAUCCGUUUUUGGAACUGCAAUUGUAUCUCCGAAUCUAUUUCUAUAUCUUUGGGGGUCCACAUGAUGGGGAGCAAGCGGAGCAAUUAGCAAUACUAAAAAAAACUAUGCAAUGUGUGAGUGUGAAAACGCAAGGGAGAUAACUACGUAUAUAAGGCAUGCAUGCAGAUAUCACAUACAAUAUAUAUAUAUUUAAAUAUAUAUUUAUGUACCAUAUGUAUAAUCGUCGAGUAGCGUCAGCAAUUUUAAAUGCAAUUUUGUGGAGAAGGUAGCGAUUUGCAGUAGGGUUUUUGGGGCAGAAUAAGGAGCAUGGGUUGAUGCGCGCUCAUAUCGAUCGUUGUUGUUAGUGUGUAGAGUGUUUUAACCACAGAAAUUUAAAAAAUCCUUCAUUGAGUGCAAGUUUGAAAUGAAUUAACCUUCUACUUUCGAUUUUAAUUUGGUAUUUCCGUUCUGAGAGUGUCUAUUAAGCGUGCCUGUGAUACGAUAUGAGCUGCAUGUGGGGGGGUAUUUAUAAUAGAGUUUUUAGUUAAAUACAAUUGACGAUUACAUUUUGUCGUUUUCCUUUUUUUGUUUACAAACUACAUAUUAGUUUCCCUGUUGUGUUGUUUUCCAUAUGCAACAAGUGCUUGGAGUUUAUUUGCACGCCAUGCAAUCGGGGGAUUGUAGGAAAGUCCCUUGCUAACUUCAAGCACAUCUGUACUUCAAUAAUACGACUACUAUACUGAUCUAGAUGUGUUGAAUUCUAACCAAAUUCUUAUUUUCCAAUUGAUACCUGACUAUAACUAUUGUAUAACAACGUACUACACAGCUAUUAACAAAUUUUCAAUCUAGGUGGUAUGAAAAACAAAUAAAACAUUACAUUUAGAAAACAAAAAAAAAAAGAGGAAAACUCGAAAAAAAAAUCCAAGCGAAACAAUAAAGCAAAGUCGAUGGGAACAUGCAUUGAACCCAUCGACUGGGAAUCAUACAAUUUACUUUGUUCAAUUUGUUUUAAGUAGAGAGCUUAAUGUGCGCUGUCAAUAGCAAUUAUAUGUGUAACAAUAACACCAAUAUACAAUACAAUGAUUCAAUAAAGGGAA